AUGUCUCGUCGUAAUAUAGCAAAAAAAAGACUAGUUUUGCCUGAUCCAAUAUACAACAGUAAACUUAUUAGUAUGUUAACAGUACGUAUAUUAAAGAGUGGCAAAAAAGGGAUAGCUCAAAAGAUUAUAUAUGAAGCAUUAGAUAUUAUUAAGGAAAAAACAUCUAAUUAUCCUUUAGAAAUCUUAGAAAAAGCAAUUCGUAACUCUACUCCACUUGUAGAAGUUAAAGCAAGAAGAGUAGGAGGAUCAACAUAUCAAGUUCCUAUAGAAGUAAGAGCAUAUCGAGGGACAAACCUUGCUUUAAGAUGGCUAACUAAAUUUUCAAAUGAAAGAUCUGGCAAGAAUAUGUCUUUGAAGCUUGCGAAUGAAAUUAUAGAUGCUGCAAAUGAAAGUGGAAGUACUAUUCGUAAAAAAGAAGAAACUCAUAGAAUGGCUGAAGCUAAUAAAGCUUUUGCUCAUUAUAGAUAUUAA